CAAUCUUAAUAUUAUUUGUGAAAUUAACAAGUACUAAGUUGCAAAAAAAGAUUGCAGAUUUGGCCCUCCAAUAUUGGGUGGCUGGCUGGGUGUAAAUGCAAAAAUAAAGCAUUAGGCUAAAUUGAAGGGGGCAAUUUUCAAAAAAUGAGGGGACAUGGAAUUGAGCGCGCCACUGGCAUUCGGGUUAAUAUUUUAAUAUUAAUAAUUUAUUCUAUUUUGCUCUAUUUAUUCUACAUGCAAUUCAUACCAAUUGCCGUUAGAGGAGGCAAUUGUAAAAGGUUGAAUGUGUUCUGCAGGCUUAGGGAAAUAGUGGUAAAAGUCCAUUCAAAGCAGAUGAUCAAACAAAAGAGCGCACAGACAACUCAGAGGUAGUUGGGGGUUUUCUUGAAUAUUAUUGAGUAUAGUUGUAAUAAUGGAUGCUGUAGAGUCAGACAGAAGGAUUUCUCCUCUGAAGAACUUUGUGGCUGGAGGGGUUGGUGGUAUCUGUCUCUUAUUCGCUGGACACCCGCUGGACACUAUCAAGGUCCGUCUGCAAACACAGGGAAGUGUUGUCUACAGAGGAACAUAUGACUGUUUACGAAGGACUAUUUUCAAAGAGGGAAUAUUUGGCCUGUAUAAAGGGAUGGGUGCUCCCUUAGCUGGCGUUACCCCAAUGAUGGCUUUGAACUUCUUUGGCUUUGGGCUGGGAAAGGAACUUCUGCAACGUGACCCCACCGUACCAAUCACGUACACACAGAUCUACUUGGCAGGUAUGCUGGCAGGAGCGUUCACCGCUGUGAUCGUUGCCCCUGGGGAGAGAAUCAAGUGUUUACUUCAGACCCAGUCCCCAGCCGGUCAGCUGAAGUACACUGGACCAGUGGAUUGUGCACUCAGACUUUAUAAGGAAAAGGGAAUUUGCAGUAUCUACAAGGGCACUGUUCUUACUUUAAUCAGAGAUGUGCCCUCAAAUGGUAUAUACUUUCUAACAUAUGACUACUUAAAACACUAUCUGACCCCUGAUGGAGAGUGUGUUCAUCAUCUCAGCACAUCCAGAGUUCUUCUUGCGGGUGGGAUUUCUGGCAUGUUAAACUGGCUGAUUGCUCUGCCUGCAGAUGUGCUUAAGUCAAACUACCAAACAGAGCCUGGCGUAGCAGCAGCCGAACCCCCCCCCUUCAACUCAUCCUGGAUGACGGUGCAGCCUACGAGGUGCGUGAGAUCUUGGACUCCCAGCGCCGUGGUGGCCAGCUUGAAUAUCUAGUGGACUGGGAAGGCUACGGCCCCGAGGAGCGCUCUUGGGUCCCCAGAAACAACAUACUCGACCCCAACCUGCUUCACACCUUCCACGCAGCCCAUCCCGACAGACCUGCCCCACGUGUAAGAGGACGGCCACCAUGACGUCGGGGUCCUCGGCCCUCAGGAGCGGGCCGUGGAGGGGGGGGGGAGACACGCCAGGCUCCAACACCCACCAAUCACAGCGCACUCCAUCUCCGGAAUACUGAUCACACGCACCUGUCUCCAGUGUCUUCAAGUAUCUCCUCGUGUUCCCAGUCUGUGUGUGAGUGUCUCCAGUCUUCAGUCAAGUGUGUUCUCCACCGUCUUCCAGGAUCCUCACCUAUUCAACACAAAAGGACAGUAUCAUCAUCUCUCAUCUCACCAUUCACCUGCAAAGUUCACUUUAUACUCACCUGCACGACUGUUAACUCUGCUGUUGUUCAAUAAAACUACCAUCUCUGCCUUG